AUGCGGCGCGGCUUCACGCGGGGCGUGAGAAUUCACCUUACUGCUGUGCUUCUCACCGUGACGCGAUGCGCUACCUGUCGUCUGUGCGAUGUGGAGUAUGACUCAUGGGGGAAGCAUGCUGCCAGUGUUUCACACAUUGCCCGGAACGCCAUUUGCGGAACUUAUGUUGUCCCUGAGCGACACGAAGCGAUGAUGCAGCAGCUGUGGAAACACAUCCGCCUGAACUUUGAGUAUAUUGACGAAGUGACACAUAAAAAGGAGGAUCGUCGCCGGGGUCGGCUUGCCUCCACAAUACGUCAUUUGCAGGAGCGGGGGAUCCUGUGCCACUCUAUCCCACGACUUUCCACGGAUGAAAACGGGGCCAGCUCCGUGAUUGUUGCACAGGAUGCCUUUGUGAACCUCAUGUUGGUGGGUGACGGCUACGCCAAACAAGAGACAGUGGAUCGCGUCGCGCGACUUAUGCCACGGCUGGAGGCAGUGGAACUUAGUAGCGUUGUGCAGUACAUUCUGUCGAAGCGACGCCUCGCCCGGAUUUUUGACGAGCUUGACAUGGGGCAGCUGAUUUUGCGCGACGCCGCGGCAGCUGGUGAUGGUGUCGAAACACACGGUGAGGAGGAAAAGAACAGGAAUAGCGACUCCGCAAAGAAGGGUAACGGUGCCACGGAGCAGUCGCUGCAGCUUCGCCAAGAUGAAAAAACGGUUAUUCUUCUCAGCUGUCUUGGUGAGUUGCAGAUGUACUCACGGCAGGACCGCUCUCACAGCGUUGCGACAAGAGCGGCCGCAGAACAGCUCGUACUGAAUGUGCUUGGUACACAUGUGAUGGAAAACAUCAUCGCUGAGUUGGUGCACGCCGUGCUACAGACUGUGGUGGAGGAGGGAACGCCAGUGUGGCGGGCGUACUGCAGCGAGUUGGCUGACAAAACGUUUGAGGGCACCAGGACGCCGCCGCCACCGCUUGCUUUGUCUCCAGCAGCAGCGACGGGUGCGACGAACUUCAGUGAAAGUCGCGAGACUGAACUUCUGGAUCUAUACUCUUUUGGGAAGGAGGCCGAUGCUGCGCCGUUUUUGCCGACUGCAGGGCGGCGCUCAUGGCAUGAUGUAUCACGCACUUUGGCUUUAGAGCUGACGGUGCCCAACCCAGUCAACAAGAGUGCCCAGUUUGCCUCGGCAGCGCCACGGCUGACGUCGAAGAAGACAUUGGCCUGA